UUCUUGACAGGGAGAGAGGCAAUUCUGAUCAGGUUUAAAGCUGUGGAAGCAAAGACAAAGAAAUAUGAAUUUGGGAAAAAAAUCCAGAGGAAGAAGGUGAAUUAUUUUGUCUACACCAACAGAAUUCUGUAUCAGAAGUCCUUACUAAAAAAAUGCAGUGAAUCCUCAAUAAAGUCACCAGGAUUGGAACAAAGACCCUUGCAGAAGUGCUGCAGCGUGGCCACCACAGCUCACUUGUCCUGUCCAACAUGGGAUAGGAAAUCUGCUCCGUGGUUCUCAGCAGCUCCAAUCUUCUCUCUUUUUGAGAAGCCUUUUAAAUCUGAUUAAUGAAUUUAAUGGCUAUUUGUUAAAGUCUAUUUGGUUAAUACAUAGAACUGGUCCUGAAGAUCAGGAUGAAAAGAACCUGAUUUAUAGUUAUUGAUCACUUCCAGAAAAAGUCUUUCUGUUCUUCUAAAGACAAACAGAGAGGCAAAUUGAGGGAGAAGAUGAAUUUAAUGCCUGGAGCUCUUUGAGAUAAGGUAGUCAUAUACACAACUAUUUGUAGGCUUAAGCCCUGUUGUAGUUACAGUUAUAAAUACUUAUCUGAGUGGUUUCAGUGAAUGCAGUGUGGUUUCUAAUGUGUUUGUAUAUUGGUUUCUGAGUGUAAAGGUGGGACUUGAUCCUGAAAAUGGUUGUGCAUUGUACAGCUUGAUUCUGCAUGAUGCAAAUGGCUCUGUUGUCAAUUUGAAACUAUUCAGGGCAGUAAAGGAGUUUGCAAAGCUUCGUCAAAUUAAUGCCCAAGCUGCCAGAACCAAAAAUAAUUAAAGGAAAAGUUAAUCAAAUAUGGAAACUGAAAAUUGGCAGAUUACUUAGUAGAAGUUUCUAAUAUUCUAUGCUUUCAGUAAAUGUAGACAAUUCUUUAAACAGGACCAAUGAACAUAGUUUCUUUAUCAAUAUUGGUUUUUCUUUCCUUUGGAUAUUGUUACACUGAGGAAAAGUAAAUAUCUCUUGGAUAUAUGUGUUCUUACUAUUAUGUGGUUAAUAAUUACUGGCAAAAAAUCAUCUCCAGUGGUGCUUCAGAAACUAAAUAAGAUUAUCAUAAUCUGCAAAAUCAGCAUACCUUUUUCACCAGACCCUAAAGAUGAUGAGAGUUAAUGACGACUUGAUGUGUAUGGUACUUCCUCCUUUAUUUAAUUUCUUUUGCAGCAUUGCAGAAGUCUGUGUAAGCGGGUCCCAUUCCUCUUCAGUGGAGAUGCACCUGAUAUUAACAUUAUCACUGGAGAUAUCUUUUAGUCAUCCCACAGUCCGUAGUCCAUCAGUAGCCUUCUGCCUCUGCCACUGAUCUCAUUCAAAUGGAUGAGAAACAUGAUGAAAGCAAGUGUUUAGUUUCUGCUAUUUAGUGGUUUUCUUUCUAGUAAAGUAAAACUACAGAAGUCAGCAACUCUAAACGGAACUGAGAGAUGUGUAAUUGGUUUAGGAAAGCAGCACCAAAUUCCUAUUAAAAAAAAAAAAAAGGACCUGGGUGUUUUAAUCUCAAGGAAAUGAUAGGUCCAUAUCUGAAUUUUGAUCUCAAUAAAUAGACUCUGAUCUGUAAGAGUUUGUCUCUUACUGAAAUGCCACCACUGUGUGCAGACAGGCUAUCUCUGUAUCUUCUGUGCUCCCUGCUCCUGCUCCAACCAUUCUGUGUCCCCCAGUCUGUGGUGAUUUCCAGGAGUUACAAUUUUGGGUUGCACCGCUGUGAUACAGCAGCCAGCCCUUCAGCCUGCUUUGCCACAGCAGUAUCCAGAUGCCCAUGUUUGGUCUGUAUGCUGGGUUAGAGAUGCUUUAGAAAUGGGAAUAUACAGGUCAAUGCAUUGUAACUGCAGGGUGACUGGAAAACCAUUAUUUUUAUAUAGGGUUGAUUUAAUUAGCCAGCCACUUAGAGAAAACAUUUUUGGCUAACAGCUUGGUUUCCUUAAAAUGCAGAAUAAGGAAUGACUUAAAAUAUGCUGCUUUAUUACUGUAAACCAUACAUAUUUGGUUUUCCUUGUAAAAAGUGCCCAUCCAAGCUGAAUAAAAAAAGAAAUAAAAAAAAAGCCAGAGGGUUGGUUUGGGGGGCGGUACUUGGCCGGGAAUGUGCCCAGGUGUGAGUGAGGGCAGGAGCCACAGGUGCACUCCUCCUGGUGAGGGCGUCUGCCAGUCUCAGGUGAGCAAAGGCUUCCCACUGUGAAACGAAACCAGUACAAACCAGGAAACAAAAAUUCAACCUGUCCACGUCAGACUGCUGAGGAAGCAGGCAGGUCAGUUUGGUUAAUCAUUGCCAAGACAGACAUUCACCACUGAUCGUAUGACCAGACCACAUCUGAGAUAAGAAAACAACCAUCCUGAGCAGAAGGAAUUGAAAAACCUCCCUUAUUUACAUGUUCUUGCUUCAUUGUUUUGCUGUAACAGAAGAGGCUGCUCACUUUGCUGUUGUUCUCAGAGCUCAGCCCAGCACAGCCGUUGUGUUGCUUUCCUGUUCUGAAGAGGAAGUAAAAAAUUCCCUGCACACGUGUGCUGGCACUUGAAUGCUAGGUUUCACUCCCUAAUUGGGAGCCGUCUGUAAUGAGCUCUCCCUGGGACUCAGAGAGGAGCUUCCAGCUGUGCCAAGAGCUGUUUCAUUUUGUGCCAAAGGAGAAGGGGGAGAAGAAAUCCACAAAAAGCUAAGAUGUGGAUGGUGCAAAAAUUGGUCUAAGAGUCUCACAACCAGGAAAAGCAGAAGAAAAGCAGAAGCAGAGUAAGCAACAAAGAAUCAGGAUGGGAAACUUCUGCCAGAAGCACUGUCCCUGUUUGGAGCCUUACCUUCCCUGCUUAUUCUUUGGGACAAACUGUGAGCAGGAAGACAAAGGAGGCCAGAUCUUCACCAACCUUGCUGUGGUAAAACCUGACCUCCAAGCAGGACAGAAGGACUUAGAGAGUAAGAUAAAAGAGAAACCUUUACCUCCAUUGCCUGGCCAGGAUCUAGCAAACAUCUGCAACUUUGUGGCACUGUUUGACUACGAUGCUCGCACUGAGGACGACUUGAGCUUCCGAGCUGGGGAUAAGCUGGAAGUGCUGAAUGCAUCCCAUGAGGGAUGGUGGUAUGCCAAGCUCCUCCUGCCAGAGGGGUCAGUCUGUCCUGGCCGCAAGCUCACGGGCUACAUCCCUGCCAACUACAUAGCUGCUGACCAGAGCAUUGAAGCUGAGCCGUGGUUCUUUGGCCCCAUCAAACGAGCAGAUGCCGAGAGACAACUGUUGUACCCUGGAAACCAGGAAGGAACCUUCCUAAUCCGAGAAAGUGAAAGUCUAAAAGGCGAAUACUCACUCUCAGUUUUUGACGGUACAUCUGUGAAGCACUACAGGAUCAAAAAGACGGAUGGAAGCUUUUUCCUGAGCAAAAGGAAAACUUUCAAAACUCUGAAUCAGUUGGUUGACUAUUAUAGCAAGGACAGUGAUGGCCUCUGUGUGUUGCUCAGACAGCCAUGCCUAAAGAUACAAACUCCUGCUACUUUUGAUUUGUCUUACAAAACUGUUGAUCACUGGGAGAUAGACCGACGAUCUCUGAAACUGGUGAAAAAGUUAGGAUCUGGUCAGUUUGGUGAAGUAUGGGAAGGACUGUGGAAUAAUACCAUCCCUGUGGCAAUCAAAACAUUAAAACCAGGUUCAAUGGAUCCAAAAGACUUUCUGAGGGAAGCACAAAUAAUGAAGAACUUGAGACAUCCAAAGCUUAUACAACUUUACGCUGUCUGCACUUUGGAGGACCCAAUUUUUAUUAUUACCGAGCUGAUGAGAUAUGGAAGUCUUCUAGAUUACCUUAAAAAUGAUGGGGGCUCUCAAAUCUCCCUGACACAUCAAGUAGACAUGGCUGCUCAGGUGGCUUCUGGCAUGGCAUACCUUGAAUCUCAGAACUACAUCCAUCGGGAUCUGGCAGCCAGGAAUGUUCUUGUUGGUGAACACAAUGUUUACAAAGUGGCAGACUUUGGACUUGCAAGAGUUUUUAAGGUAGAAAAUGAAAAAGUAUAUGAAGCUAGGACUGAAACAAAACUCCCAGUGAAAUGGACAGCCCCGGAGGCAAUCCGCUACAACAGAUUCAGCAUUAAAUCAGAUGUCUGGUCAUUUGGGAUACUUCUCUUUGAAAUAGUCACCUAUGGGCAGAUGCCUUAUCAUGGUGUGCCAGGAUACCAGGUGAUCCAGAUGCUGGACGAUGGGUACAGACUUCCUCAGCCGGACACGUGCCCAGCGCCACUCUACAAGAUGAUGCUGCAGUGCUGGAGCGCGGAGGCGGAAGAGCGGCCCACCUUUGAGGUCCUCAGCAAGCAGCUGGAGGGCUACUUCAACACUGAGCCCUAUUCGUUUGCCUAGGCCCAGGCCAUGGGACACAAACCCUCAGGAUACUCCUGAAGGACAUGUCCAAGCCAACAUGGCUAAUGGAGACUGUGGAGUCAGCCUAUCCCCAGGUGUGGCCAUUAUUUGGGGGUGCUGAAGAUUCCUGGUACAUUUCAUCCCAUCCUUGAUCUUCAAAGACUCUUAAAAUUUUUGCUGCUGGCAAAUGUUUGCAAGAUAAAGCAUCAUAAAGCUGUAGGGUGGGUGUUUCUAAAAAAUAAAGAGUCUUCUAUUUAUUUUAAAAUGACAAGUUGCAAGAACAAACAAAUGAAAUGAGUCUAGCUAAGUAACUAUUGUAGCUUUUUGUCAUUUCUUUAUUGGAAUAAUUAUUUACUGUUAGAUUUUUCAUUCUAAUUAGUUUGUUCUCGUGAGGGAAUGUGAUGGCUCUACACAGCAGGAUCUGUGCUCCCAGAGUCCUUUCAUUGUAAAAAAUAAUAAAAGUAAUCCUGUGACUGUGAUGGCUCUGAUUUGGCAGAAUCCAAAUUAAUUGCCUUGCUUAGAAUUGAAAUACAUUUCUUUUGCUAUAUCUGAAAAUAAAGACCUAUUCAUGGGAAAAAAGGAAUUAUUUUGUUU